AUGGUCAUGGCGGAUGGCCCGAGGCACUUGCAGCGCGGGCCGGUCCGGGUGGGGUUCUACGAAAUCGAGGGCACGCUGGGCAAGGGCAACUUCGCCGUGGUGAAGCUGGGGCGACACCGGAUCACCAGGACGGAGGUGGCGAUAAAAAUAAUAGAUAAAUCUCAGCUGGAUGAAGUGAACCUUGAGAAAAUCUACCGAGAAGUAAAAAUAAUGAAACUGUUAGACCACCCUCACAUAAUCAAACUUUAUCAGGUAAUGGAGACCAAAAGCAUGUUGUACCUUGUGACAGAAUAUGCCAAAAAUGGAGAAAUUUUUGACUACCUUGCUAACCAUGGCCGGUUAAAUGAGUCUGAAGCCAGGCGCAAAUUCUGGCAAAUCCUGUCUGCUGUUGAUUACUGUCACGGUCGGCAGAUUGUGCACCGUGACCUCAAGGCUGAAAAUCUCCUGCUGGAUAACAACAUGAAUAUCAAAAUAGCAGAUUUCGGUUUUGGAAAUUUCUUUAAAAGUGGUGAACUGCUGGCAACAUGGUGUGGCAGCCCCCCUUAUGCAGCCCCAGAAGUCUUUGAAGGGCAGCAGUAUGAAGGACCACAGCUGGAUAUUUGGAGCAUGGGAGUGGUUCUUUACGUCCUUGUCUGUGGAGCUCUACCUUUUGAUGGACCAACUCUUCCAAUUUUGAGGCAGAGAGUUUUAGAAGGAAGAUUCCGGAUUCCAUAUUUCAUGUCAGAAGAUUGUGAGCACCUGAUUCGAAGGAUGUUGGUCCUGGACCCGGCCAAACGGCUGACCAUAGCGCAAAUCAAGGAGCAUAAGUGGAUGCUCGUGGAAGUUCCCGUUCAGAGGCCUGUUCUUUAUCCACAAGGGCAAGAAAACGAGCCGUCCAUCGGGGAGUUUAAUGAGCAGGUUCUGCGAUUAAUGCACGGCCUUGGAAUAGAUCAACAGAAAACCAUCGAGGCUUUGCAGAACAAGAGCUAUAACCACUUUGCUGCCAUUUAUUACUUGUUGGUGGAGCGCCUGAAAUCACACAGGAGCAGUUUUCCUGUGGAGCAGAGACUUGAUGCCCGCCAGCGUCGGCCUAGCACCAUCGCCGAACAAACAGUUGCCAAGGCACAGACUGUGGGGCUCCCAGUGACCGUGCAUUCACCCAGCGUGCGAGCGAUGCGAUCUGCCCUCCUCCCACAGGCAUCCACCGUGGACGCCUUCGCGUUUCCCGCAUCUGGCUGUCAGGCAGAGGCAGCGUUCAUGGAGGAAGAGGGUGUCGACACUCCAAAGGUCAACGGCUGUCUCCUGGACCCUGUGCCUCCCGUCCUGGCAAGGAAGGGGUGCCAGUCCCUGCCGAGCAACAUGAUGGAGACCUCCAUUGACGAAGGGCUGGAGACCGAAGGCGAGGCCGAGGAAGACCCCAGUCAGGCCUUUGACACCUUCCAGUCCACACGCGGCGGGCAGAGGCGGCACACGCUAUCGGAAGUGACCAAUCAGCUGGUCGUGGUGCCUGGUUCAGGGAAAAUUUUCUCCAUGAGUGACAACCCCUCCCUUGACAGUGUGGACUCUGAGUAUGAUAUGGGGUCUGUUCAGAGGGACCUGCACUUUCUUGAGGACAACCCUUCCCUCAAGGACAUGAUGUUAGCCAACCCGCCCUCACCCCGCGUGACAUCUCCCUUCGUGAGCCUGAGACCUGCCAACCCCGCCAUGCAGGCCCUGAGUGCCCAGAAGCGUGAGGCCCACAACAGGUCUCCAGUGAGCUUCAGAGAGGGCCGCCGGGCGUCAGACACCUCCCUCACCCAAGGAAUUGUAGCAUUUAGACAACAUCUUCAGAAUCUGGCUAGAACCAAAGGAAUCCUAGAGUUGAACAAAGUGCAGCUGCUCUAUGAGCAGAUGGGCUCAGAAGCAGACCCCAGCCUGGCCUCUCCCGCCGCUCAGCUCCAGGACCUGGCCAGCAGUUGCCCGCAGGAGGAAGCGCCUCCGCAGCAGAAGAGCGUUUCUGCGCUCCCCGGGGACAGCGCACACCCGCAGCUCUCCCAGCGCCACAGCCUGGAGGCCCAGUACCUGCAGCACCGACGCCAGAAGCCCAGCCUUCUGUCAAAAGCCCAGAACAGCUGUCAGCUUUAUUGCAAAGAACCACCACGGAGCCUGGAGCAGCAGCUGCAAGAACAUAGACUCCAGCAGAAGCGGCUCUUCCUCCAGAAACAGUCCCAGCUGCAGGCAUAUUUUAAUCAGAUGCAGAUAGCAGAGAGCUCGUACCCACAGUCCCUUCCCCACCAGGAGACGCCGCCGCCCUCCCAGCCGCCGCCGCCUUUCAACCUGACCCAGCCCCUGAGCCCCGUCCUGGAGCCAGCUUCCGAGCACAUGCCGUUCAGCCCCUUUCUCAGCCCGUACCCCGAGAUGCGGCUGCAGCCGCUGCCCGCCUCGCCGGGGGCCCGCGGGGCCCCGCCGCCCCUGCCGCCGCCGCCGCCGCUGCAGCAGCAGUCGCGGGGCGCCCCGGCCCCCUUACAGUUCUAUCAGACUUGUGAGCUGCCGGGCACGUCCUCCCCGGAGCCCGAGCACCCCGCUCCCGGUCAGUACCCCGCGGAUGGAACCCCGCAGAGUGGCUUGGACGGGCCGGACUGUCCCAGGAGCUCAGGACUGCAGGAGGCCCCCUCUGGCUACGACCCUCUGGCGCUCUCCGAGUUCCCCGGACUCUUUGAUUGUGAAAUGCUGGAAGCCGUGGACCCACAGCACAGCGGCUACGUCCUCGUGAAUUAA